UGCGCGGUAUGGGAACAUGACAGACAGUUCCACACCACCACAACUUAUUCCAAAACUUAUUCUGAGUUGUUAAGAUUUACCCUCCGUUUUUGUUUUCGGCACCGAGGUGCCACUGUUUUACGGUGAUAAAACAUGGGUGACGACCCAGACUCUUUCCCCGAGAGGGAAAUGAAGGAUUUUCAGUUCCGACAGAUGAAGAAAAUACGAGUCUUUGACUCUCCGGAUGAUCUACCUAAAGACAGAUGCAGCCUGCUCGCUGUCUCAAACAAGUACGGCUUGACGUUUGUUGGACUUGACACAACACUAAAAGUCUUCUUUACAAAGGACAUCAUUGCUGCUGGCAAGGUCGAGGGCAACCCAAAUGAGAUAGUGGAAGGGUUGACGGCGGUGGAGGUGUAUGUGGCGUUGCCCCUGCACCACCUGGCCCUGAGCUGUGACGAGCUGACCCUGUCGGCCUGCGGCAUGUCUGAAGAGGCCGGACUCUCCCUGACCUUCUACGACGUCCGCAGCUUCCUCAACCAGGCACGCGUGGAGAAGUGCCCAUUUGCGCAUUUGCGUGCAGGCAGUGGCGCGGGCACCCUGGUGCAGGACCUGAAGUGGAACCCGGUGCAGGCCUCCAUGCUGGCCGCCUGCCUGUCUGACGGCAGCAUGAUGGUCCUGGAGGUCACCGACGAGGUCAAGGUUGCCGCUCAGCUGCCUGCUGCCGUGGGCAUCACCUGCGUGUGUUGGAGCCCCAAAGGAAAGCAGGUGGCAGCAGGCAAACAGGAUGCCACCGUCAUUCAGUACACUCCAACCUUGCAGGAGAAGAAGGUGAUUCCCUGUCCAAGUUUUUACAUGGCAGACAACCCAGUCAAAGUGCUGGACGUGUUGUGGCUGAGCACCUAUAACUUUGCGGUGGCGUACGCAGCAGCGGAUGGUUCCCCGGAGACGCCGCCAGAGCUGGUCGUCAUCUCCCUUCCUAAAAAGGAUGAGAAGAGAGCGGAGAGGUACCUGAACUUCAAUGACCUGGUGUACGGCUCCUGCACGGAGAGACAGCAUCAUUACUACCUCAGCCACAUUGAAGACUGGGACCUGGUGCUGGCUGCUUCAGCCGCCUCCAUUGAAGUCAGCAUCAUCGCCAGGCAGGAGGAUAAGACCAACUGGGAGCUGUGGCUGUUGGAGGAUGCCAGCAGGGCGGAGCUUCCUGUCACUCAGAACAACGAUGACACGCUUCCACUAGGCCUGGCCAUCGACUUCACCAGCCAGGAUGAGAUACACAUCUCGGAUGACAAGAAGCUGCCGCCGGCCCCCACGCUGCUGCUGUUGUCGACGGACGGCGUGCUGUGCCCCUUCUCCCUGCUCAACACCAACCCCGGGGCCAAACUGCUUGCUACUGCCCCCACCAGCCUGCCCCUGGAGGGGGAGAGACCACCCAGCGCAGAUGCCCCUCCUGGUGCACCCCCCACCCAGAAAGCCCCCCUCGCCACCCCCCUCCGCACCCCAGUCAGCACCCCCACCCCCCCUCCGCCUGCGGCCGCCCCCUCCCCUGUUCCUGCCCCAGCCCCGGCCCCCUCUCCCGCUCCUGCCCCUGCCCCAGCUCCUACAUCGGCUUCUGGGUUCUCCUUCUCCCUUCCCUCCACUGCCCCCUCCUCCACCUCCAUCUUCUCCCUGGGCUCCUCCUCCUCCUCCAUGGCGGCGCCACCUGCCUUCUCUGCUGGGAGCGGUGCGGGGCUCUUCUCCUUCUCGGCUGAUAAGCUGGCGCCCCCUGCUGGCCUGGCUGCCUCCUCCUCUGUUGCAGCAGCACCACCUCCGUCUGCUGCCAGCUUCUCCUUUGCCACCAAGCCCCCUCUGGUGGACGCGGGCGGUACUGCAGGGGCAUCGCUGCCCCCAGCCGCUGCCCUGGCCCCGGGCCUGACGCCCCAGAGGCUGGGCACCGCCUCCCCGCUCACCAUCCAGAAGGAGCCGGCCACGCCCAGGCUCAACCUCAACGACAGGUUUUCGUCGUUGGAGACCCCUGCAUCCUUCUCUUUUGCCCCCAAACCCAAACCACCAGAGGUCAGCACCCCUGUAGUGCCACCAGCAGCAGUCACCACCAAGCCAGCGGCCGUGCGGCCAGUCCAGGCCACCACCCCGACCCCUGCAGCUCCCAAAGUGGUCCAGCCCGCAGCCCCCCAGGCCCAGACCAGCACUCCUGCACAGGCUCCCGUCUCACUAAAAAGUCUGGAGAAACAGCUGCAACAGAGAAAAGACUCUGAUCCCGUCAUGGCUGGAAUUCUGGAAGAGAUCGCUCACUUCCAGAAGGAGCUGGACGAUCUGAAGUCUCGCAGCAGCCGUACGGACUUCAGGGUGGGCACCAAUGAAGAGAUGAAGGAACUGAGGAGGGAGGCAGAGGACCUGCACGUCUUCACAUUGGAGAUCAAGGAGACCACAGAGUCGCUGCAUGGGGACAUCAGUACUCUGAAGACGACUCUGCUGGAGGGUUUUGCUGGGGCCGAGGACGCCAAGGCCCACUGCGAACUCAACAGCGACCCCAGCUACCUGCAACUACUCUACAACAAACCCCUCGACCCACGCAGAGACGAACAGCUCAAGGAGAUCCGCCGUCUGUACCAGUAUGUGAAGUUCGCAGUGGAGGACGUCAAUGAUGUGCUGGACCUGGAGUGGGAGAAACACCUGGAGAACCGCAAGAAGCAGAAGCAUAUGGUGGUACCUGAGCGCCACGUGCUGUUCAACGCUCUGGCCAACAACCUGGAGAUCAUCACUCAGCAGAAGCUGAAGCUGGAGCAGCUCCUCAAGGACCUCCACAGCCUCCGCCUCUACAACAAGACGGCAGUCUGGACAUCACCUAGCAUCGCACCCAGCACUCCCUCAGAACAGAGCCUUGACAAGGAGCUGGAGGGCCUGAGGGACGCACUGCUGAAGGCAAACCUGGAAACCUCCCCCAAGACAGGCCCCACAUCUGCAGCCAAGAUGACUCCAGCCAAGCAGUCCCAGCUAAGAAACUUCCUCUCCAAACGCCAGACCCCACAUGUCAGGUCAACAGCCCCAGCCAACCUGUCUCGCUCGGCCUUCCUGUCCCCCAAGUACUAUGAAGACCGUGAUGACGUGAGCUCCAGCUCCUCACUGUCGCAGGCCCUGGAGGAGGAGGAGGUGCUGCCUGUGGGGGGAGGAGGAGGAGCUCUGGUGCUGGAGGAGGAGGAGGAGGCAGAGCCGGAGGUGGAGGAGGUGACCAGCGCGGCACCUCCCCUCGCCCCCCUGCCUUCCUCCGCCGUGCCCCCCGCCAUGCCCCGGCACCCUGCCCUGGGGCGCAUGCCCUCCAUCCAGCCUGGCUUCAUGCAGUCCACACCCUUUGGCAAGGGGGCACCCAUGGGACUGGGGCUCAGUGGCGUCAUGAGCCCAGUGCCCACCGCUAAGAUCAAUCUGGGUGGUCCAGAGAGCACAGCCCUGGCCACUAAGACGGUGAAGCACGGAGCCCCUCCCACUGACAAGGCCACGCCUUCCGCCGCCCAGCAGGCUGCCGCCACCGCCGCCCUUAGGAGACAGCUGGCCAACCAGAAGCCAGUGGGGACUGCUCUGACUGAGUCGACUCUGAAGACAGUACCUCAGGUGGUGAACGUGCAGGACUUGAAGGACAAGGGACCCACCAUGCCACUACCUCCAGGGAUCAGUACAUCAGUUCCUCCAGUAGUGCAGCAGGCCUUGGCCACAGCCAAAAAGAAUCCGCCCCAGGCUCCGGUGAAGUUGACUGCUGAGAGCUCCGGCUUUGUGUUUGGUGCUGGCCCCAAGGUGGACACGGCAGCCUCCAUCACCUCAGCGGCAGAGCACAGCAGCAAGGCCUUCAGCUUCUCAGCAGGGGCAUCUACUGGCUUUUCCUUCUCCUCUCCCAGUGUCUCCACCACAGCCAAAGAUGGCGGUCUGCCCAAGUUCUCCUUCGGCGGUGCCAGCAGCUCCAAGCUCUUUGGUGGCGCGGCGGGAACCUUCAGCCCCAAGUCCACCUCCCCCGCCCUGGGCCUGAGCACCAACACCGCCUCCUCCCCCGCGCUGGGUCUCAGCACCAACAACAACAACGCCCCCUCCCCCGCCCUGGGUCUCAGCACCAGCACCCCCACCCCGACGCCCACCCCUCCCCCGGCGGCGCUGACCCCCACCCCUCCGCCCGCCAUGUCGGGCGAGCCCGUGAAGCUGACGUCAGCGGCCCCUCGGGGAGGGGAGGCGUCCAAGCCGGCCGUGACCCUGGCGGUGGUGCCGGGCAGCGGCGAGACGCUGGGCAGCUUCUCCUGCCUGCGGGUGGGACAAGGGGACGAGGCCUCCCCGACGCCGCCCAGCUUCAGCUUCGUGCAGGCGGGCAACGGGAAGAACGGCUCAGGUAGCACCGCCACUGCCGCGUUCGGACUGGCCCAGUUCAGCUUCGCAAGGCCCGCCGAGUCGGAACCUUCGGAAGUGACGGCGACGCCACCGCCGGGCUCGGCGCCCAGCAGCGUCUUCAAGCCGCCCACCUCCGCUCCCUCCCCCGCACCCUCCGCCUCCUCGUCCGCCUCCUCCUCCUCCUCGGCCAAACCGGCGCUGGCCAUGACGCACCCCAACACCUUCAGCCUGCUGCAGGCACCGCUGCCUCCUGACACCACCAGCACUACGGAAGCCCCGGAGGGUCACACCUCACCGGGAGGCAUCGUUGCCGUGAGCCCCUCUCCUCCUCUGUCGGUGGAUGAAGGGGCCAUCGCCCCCGUCGUGGUGGAGAAGACGCCCAGUCCUCCUCUUCCUGCCGCCUCCGUCACUCCACCCGUGGAGCCCGCCCCGACUCCGACCCCCACCCCAGAGCCAGCUGCGUCUGCUGGGGACGCCGCCCCGCCUCAGCCUUCCCCUGCUCCAUCUCCAGCUCUGGAGGUAGCGCCACCUGCCGCUGUAGCUGCCACUCCUACCCCACCACCCCCAGCAUACCCCACAGCCGCCCCCACCCCCCCCCCUACACCCGUGGAGCCCAGUGCCACGCCCUCCCCAGUGCCCCCGCCCUCCGACAAACCGGGCUCCAUAUUCGAGCAGCCUCCAGCAGCAGCAGCCACCCCCACCCCCCCGGCUGCCACUCCAACACCCCCUCCUCCGGGCACCACCCUGGGCCUCUCCAGCCUGGUAACGGUGAUCAGUACCGCUGCCCCUGCCACCACACCCACGCCCACUGCCACCUUCACCCCCGCCGCACCAUCCCCAGCACCAUCCCCAGCUCCUGCCCCAGCGCCAGGCAGCAGUUCGGCCACCCCUGUGUUCGGGCAGCCUGCCUCGACUGCGGCUAACCCCCCUCCCCCCAGCAGCACGCCCCCGGCACCCGCUGCUGCUGCCUUCGGGUCGGCCCCGCCAGCGUUUGGGACCGCAGCUGUCCCAGGUGCCCCUGCCUCCUCCACUCCGGCCCCGGCCCCGGAACCCUCAGGCUUCGGUAAGCCCGUGUUCGGCCAAGUGAGCGGUGCCGGGGGUGGCGCCUUCGGACAGCCUGCUGCCGCCCCUGCCGCUGCAUCCUCGGCCCCGGCCCCCACCGGAGGCUUCGGAUUCGGGCAGCCGGCCGCCUUCGGCGCCGCCCCCUCCUCCACCGCUGGAGGUUUCGGCCAACCGGCCGCCGCCUCCUCUGUCGCGCCUGCCACAGCCCCCACCUCCUCCGCCCCCAGCCUGUUCGGCUCCUCGGCUGCAGCUGGCAGUGCCAGCUCCUUCUCGUUUGGUUCGCCGGCCGGAGCGGCUAGCUCAGCGGCCAGCACCGGGGGGUCCCUGUUUGGCCAGCCGCCCCCCAGCGGCACUCCGGCGUUUGGCCAGCAGAGCGCAGGGUUCGGACAGGGGUCCGUGUUCGGGAGCAAUACCACCACCACGUCGUCCUCUGGGUUCAGCUUCGGACAGCCCUCUGCUUUUGGCAGCACAGCCACGCCGUCUGUGUUUGGACAGCAGCCUAGCGGUGGUGGCGGAGGACUAUUCGGACAGGCUCCCUCCAGCGGUGGCCUGUUUGGCUCUGGGUCGGCGGCCCCAGCACAGCAGUCGUCUGGUGGGGGCUUCUUCAGCGGCCUGGGGGGCAAACCCAGCGAGGACGCCGCCAACAAGAACCCGUUCGGAGCCCCCGCCGCAGGUCCCGGCUUCGGACAGCCCGCCCAAGCAGGCUCGACUGGUCUCUUUGGUAACACUGGUGGAGCGAAGGCCUUCAGUUUCGGUGGCGGCUCGUCGUUUGGGGAUUCCAAACCCAGCGGAACCUUCAGCACUGGGGCCGGCAGUGUCGCCACACAGGGCUUCGGGUCCUUUGGAUCCACACCGACCAAACCAGGUACGGGCUUCGGACAGCCCGCACAAGCAGCAGCAGGUGGAUUUGGGAGCGCACCUGUGUUCGGCAGCCCCCCGGCGUUUGGGGGCGCCCCUGCGUUUGGGGGUGGGGCAGCCUUCGGUGCCAGCCCCUCCUUCAGCAGUCCCAUGGGCUCCUCCGGCCCCAUGGGCUCCUCCGCCGGGAAGGUCUUCGGAGAGGGAACAGCGGCCGCUAAUGUUGGAGGAUUCGGGUUUGCAUCUCCGCAGAGCCAGCCCACCUUUGGCAGCUUAGCCAAUCAGGGUGCUCCAUCCUUUGGGGGGCUGGCCCAGCAGCAGCCAUCUGGCUUCGGCCAGGCCGGAGGGUUCGGAAGCCCUGGAUUCGGUGGCGGUGGUGGUGGAGGUUUCCCUGGUGGCUUUGGAAACAACAAUCAGUCAUCUGGCUGGAGAGCCUAGUAAAUCAGUAAAGACUGAAGACACGCUACUGCUGUGCCCUCCACGUCUUGUCUUCAAGCAAGCUAUUAGGAGACCCAGUGAGCGAAUGAAUGAAUUCAUUAAUUGAACUCAACACAUGGGCAAGUGAGCAGCUGAAAAGCCGAGGGAGGGGGUGGGUAGGUGGGG